UCAAGCGGCGCAUCAUUUUCUUUCUUUUUAGCGUGGCGUCGGUUAGUAACGGUAGUGUUAAAACGUAAUUGAAGACUUUUCUAAUUUGCGCUAAAAGUUAUUUGAUUUGUUUUGUAGUCUCCUUAUUUCGUCAUUUAACAAGCUUUCCAAAAUGAGGCCGCAGCAGAAUGGAGAUGAUGGUUUUGAAGAACCCGAAGUACAUCGUAAAAUCUUCAUCGGGGGACUCAAUUACAGAACGACUGAUGAAUCUUUAAAAGCACAUUUUGAGAAAUGGGGCGAAAUCGUGGAUGUAGUCGUUAUGAAAGACACGAAGACAAAGAGGUCUCGUGGUUUCGGCUUUAUUACUUACUCUAAAGCGCACAUGGUUGACGAUGCGCAGAACAAUAGGCCUCAUACAAUUGAUUCACGAGUGGUGGAAACAAAACGUGCCGUAGCUAGGCAGGAUAUUAAAAAUCCCGAGGCGGGCGCUACAGUUAGAAAACUUUUCAUCGGCGGAAUUAAAGAUGACCACACUGAAGAUCAAUUGCGAGAAUAUUUCUCUAAUUAUGGAAAUGUACAGAAUGUUAGCAUCGUCACUGAUAAAGCUACUGGAAAGAAGCGUGGUUUCGGAUUCGUUGAAUUUGAUGACUAUGACCCAGUAGACAAAGUUUGCUUGAAUGCCCCUCAUAAAAUUAAUGGUAAACAAUUAGAUGUUAAAAAAGCUCUGCCUAAAGAUGGCUCUGACCAGAGAGGUGGUGGUGGUGGUGGCAGACAAGGACAAAGAAGAAAUGAUAACUGGGGUAAUUCUGGAGGUGGCUAUGGAGGCAACCAAGGAGGUGGUUGGAACAAUUCAAACCCGUGGGAUAACAACCAGGGCGGUUGGGGAGGGAGCCAGGGUAGUGGGGGCUAUGGUGGUGGGAACCAAAGAGGAGGCGGUGGUGGUGGUGGUUGGGGUGGCAACCAAGACUUUGGCAACUAUGGCCAACAGAGUUACAGCGGUGGUCCCACUAGGAACCAGCAGUAUAGCAACAACAGAGCUGCUCCUUACAAUAUGAACCAAGGGGGCGGUGGAGGUGGCUAUGGCAGUGGAGGGAACUAUGGAGGGGGACAAGGAAGAGGAGGACGCUUCUAAAUCAUGUUUCGUGCUAAGUACACUAGUAGAGCAGAGUAUUCCGUGUCCGCUAGUGUAGGCAGUACGCUCCGGAGCACUAGUUACACCUCUGGUCUACUCGAGACCACCUAGGAGAAGCCGUCAGGAAACAGAUUAAUCUUAGUUUGAAGCUCGUUAUCUUUAGACAAAUAUGAAUAGAUUAUUUAUAGAUUAUGUACUGAUGUAAUUUGGUCUUCUAUUUAUUGUAGUACUUUAGGUACUUAUCGUGACAUAUUUUUAAGGUUCUACAUAGAUUGUGAAAACAUUUUAUACAGAUAAUUAAGUACAACAUAGGAUAUUAAUAUGUAAUGACUCAAGUCCCUUUAAUGA